GGUAGGGAUUUGGUCGAUCAUAGAUUACCCCUUUCCGUCUUCAAUUCAAUUCUUGGUUCUUCUCUUUUUCUCUCUUGAUUCUAAUAAUCUUCCCCUCCAGCAACAGUAGCAGCCUUCUUCUCUCUCCAAUUUGACACGGGUACGAACCCUAUUCAACAAACGCCUAUUCACCAUUUUCCAAUUCCUCCCUUCUUCCUUCAUUCGCAGCAGCAGCAGGUGGGUUUCGUGGUUUCAUUCAUUCAUGGAGAUCGAAUCCCUAACCCAAUUUUUAUUACCCACCAAUGUACCCAUCUUCUUCACUGUCUUUCUCAUAAUCUAUCUCAUUGCAUACUUCAUCGUUUUCCGUAAAUGGAACCCCAAUCUCCGGCCAGAAGCAGCCAGUUGUAUGAUCUCUUUUGCCCACGGCACACCCGCCGUGUUCCUAGCCUGUUACGGCAUCUUCACAGAUCAAACCCGUUCUUUUGCAUCAAUCAAUACCCAAUUCCAAAACAUGGUUCUUGAUUACUCAAUCUCUUAUUUCUUAAUGGAUCUCUGUCACUACCUCAUUUUCUAUCCUAAAGAUGUUAUCUUUAUUGGUCAUCACUUGGCCACGCUAUUCGUCUUCAUUACUUGUCGAUAUGUUGCCCUCCACGGUGCCUUCUCCAUUCUGGUGCUUCUAAUUAUAGCUGAAGUUACGAGCUUGUGUCAGAACACUUGGACUCUUGCUGGUGGUAGAAGAGCUGAUUCAGAAUAUGCAGCUAAGGUGUAUGAUGUUUUGUCUCCUCCAUUUUAUGUCAUUUACUCAAUAGCUAGAGGUUUGGCUGGGCCUUUAUUCAUGUAUAAAAUGAUUGUGUUUUUCGCUUCUGGUGCUGCUGAGAAUGUGAUUCCAAGAUGGAUAUGGGUUUCUUGGGUGAUUGUAGUCUCGGUUGCAAUCUCUGUUAGUUGGUUGUGGAUUUCAAAUCUUUGGAUCCAGCUGUUUGCUGAAAGAAGUAGAAAACUAGAGGAGAAAAUUAGAUAAAUUAGCUCUCUUCUGUCCAUUUGUUUCAAUGCUCUUGAAUUUCAAUGCAAACUUCAUCAAUAAAUUAAUAUAUUAUGUUUUAUAAACCUUGGAAAGAAACUGAUGUUUGUCUAUGAAACAUACUUCAUUUGUGGA